CGCGCGCCGCCGCGGGCGAUGGCGCUGCCGCCGCCCCUGUCCCUGUCCCUGUCCCUGCCCCUGUCCCUGCCCGCGGUCGCGGCGGCGCUGGUGGCCCUCGCCGCCCUCCUCCUCGUCCUGAUUUGUGCAAUUGCUCAUGUAACUGCCAAAAAAAUGCCAACCCUUCACCGACACGAAGAAGAGAAAUUCUUCAUAAGUGCUGAAGGCAGGAAAGAACCUGUACCAAGUAUACAUGAUCCCCCUACAAGGGAACUCUCUGUUGUUGUGCCUUCAUACAAUGAGGAAGACCGGUUACCUCUUAUGAUGGAUGAAGCUAUGGAUUAUCUAGAAAAAAGACAGAAACGAGAUCCUUCAUUCACUUAUGAAGUGAUAGUGGUUAAUGAUGGUAGUAAAGAUCAAACUACAAAGGUUGCAAUGGAGUACUGCAAGAAAUAUGGAAGCGACAAAGUGCGAGUGCUUUCUUUGGUAAAAAAUCGAGGGAAAGGAGGAGCAGUCAGGAUGGGUGUGUUUAGUUCUCGGGGGAAGAAAAUUCUUAUGGCUGAUGCAGAUGGAGCUACAAAAUUUGCAGAUAUUGAAAAAGUAGAAGAAGGACUAAAAAAUCUCCAGCCAUGGCCUAACCAGAUGGCUAUUUCCUGUGGUUCUAGAGCUCAUCUGGAGAAGGAUUCAGUAGCAAAGCGCUCUUACUUUCGAACUCUUCUUAUGUAUGGGUUCCACUUCCUUGUUUGGUUUCUCUGUGUCAAAGAGAUCAGGGACACACAGUGCGGAUUUAAACUUCUAACCAGAGAAGCUGCCUUGCGGACUUUCUCAACUCUUCAUAUAGAACGCUGGGCGUUUGAUGUGGAACUUCUUUAUAUAGCCCAGCGCUUGAAAAUACCUAUAGCAGAAGUUGCUGUCAACUGGACUGAAAUAGAAGGUUCUAAGUUAGUUCCCUUUUGGAGCUGGCUGCAGAUGGGCAGGGAUCUUCUUUUUAUACGACUGCGAUAUAUGACUGGUGCCUGGCAGCUUGAAAGAAGAAAAUGUAAUUAGGUUAUUUACAUUUUCCAAAUAUAUUAUUAUACUUAAUGGAACAUGAGAACAGUGUCAAUCAAGUGAAGUGGUGAUGAAAGCUGAGGUAAUUCUUCAUUGCUCCUCCUGUAUUUCAUUUUUGCAGCAUAUAUGUAUUUUGUAAAAUUGCCAGCAGGGAAUUUGUACAUUUUGAAAAGAGAAAGCAUUUAAGAAAAGAUAUUCUUACCUGGUAAUCAGGUUUUUAUUUUAUUAGAUAGUAACUUUGACAUGUCUUAUAAAUUAAUUCAAAUAAAUAUAUCUGCUUUUGUCUCAUCACACUUUUGGAAUUUCCAUAUACAUAUUAAAAACAGGCACUCUAUUGUACAUUGUGCAAUGUUGUGUUGUGAAUGACCACACCCAUUUGUUUCUGUGAUAUCUGGAAAUUUUAGGCCAUAUUGCAAUUUGGAAUUAUCAUUCAUGGUUUGUGCUAAUGCAUGUUUAGAUUCAGUGUUACGGGAAACAUUAAUGGAUUUUACUGAGUUACAGCAAUGAUGUUCGUAAGGUUGUUCUCAGGACUUCAGUAGUCUCUUGACAUUCCAAAUGUUUUUGUCUGAAGCUGAAAUAGUUUUCCUGAGAUCAAACUUACAGAUCAUGUACAGACUGUAGAAGGUCCAAGAGCAAGCACAUUUAGUUUUAAAAUGUUGUCUUUUAUAAAUGUGUUUUGUUCGUGUGUACUCAUUAUUCCUGCCUGCUCAAGGCUAGGGGUCCAUAACAUCUACAGGUCUGAAGUAAAGAGGGUGUGGAAAGCUAGUCCAGAGCAUGCUAAAAUGAGACCCAGUAUACAUGAGGGGGCUGUGUGUUACCAGUGCCAAUCUGAUGUUUUCACGCUUCAAAUGAGAUCAGAGAGGGAGGGAGGGGCCUUGAGUCUUUCAUAGCAAUGUCAUACUGUGUUACAGUACUGUAACAUAGUUUCAUUUGUGCUUUCAAAAUACUUGUGGAUUGCCAACAAUCUAAGCCAAUCUGUCUUUCAGAAACAUGUUCAAAUUUGAACAGAGGUAACGAAUGAAUGGUAUAUGGUUGUACUUUCACAUAUAAAUUCACUGGUGAUUUUUCUUACUCUUUCUGUAAUAUUGAACUUGAGUUUUGCUCCUGUUAGGGUUACCUCAGUUUUCUAUGAAGUGCUGGAAUAAAUUCUCAACAACUAUA